GAGAUGGCCUCCGCCGGCCUGGAGAUCCUGGGUAUGAUCCUUUGUGUGUCAGGCUGGCUAGGGGUCAUGGUGGCCUGUGGCCUGCCAAUGUGGAGAGUAGCCGCCUACAUUGGCCAGAACAUCGUCAUCUCUCAAGUGAUCUGGGAGGGCCUGUGGAUGAACUGUUCUGUCCAGAGCACGGGCCAGAUGCACUGCAAAGUCCACGACUCCAUGCUUGGACUCCCUGUGGACCUACAGGCGGCCCGUGCCCUGGUCAUCGUCUCUAUGGUGCUGUGCAUCAUGGGCAUCAGCCUGUCUGUAGCCGGGGCCAAGUGCACCAACUGCAGCUCAGACACAGGCAGCAAGCCUCGCAUGGUGCUGGGGGCCGGGGUGACCUUCAUCAUGGCGGGGCUGUUGCUGCUGACGGCCGUAUCGUGGACGGCUAACACCAUCGUCUUGGAUUUCUAUGACCCGAUGAUGGAGGAGACGGGGAAGAGGGAGUUUGGGAACUCGCUGUAUUUUGGAUGGGCUGCCUCCUGUCUGCUUCUCCUAGGGGGAGCUUUGCUCUGCUGCUCCUGCCCCCUGAAAGCACCCCAGGGUGUUAGCGAGGCUGGGUAUGGACCCAACAGGGUGGUGAACUACUCUGCGGUCAAAUACCCCAUGUCUGUCAAUGGAUAUGUGAGGAGGGACUAUGUGUGA